AUGGGAAUAGAGAGCUAUUUCUUAAAGUACGUUAAAGCGACGUACAUAACGAGAAGGAGAAGUGAAAUGAGGAAAACCAUAGAGAAUUUGAAAAAUAAUAUUUACACGUACAACAAUUACAGCUGUAAAAAUAUAAAGUAUCAUGUGGGGGAAGAAGAUACGUGCGAUGGGAGUAGCCACUACAGCGUGCAAAUUGAUGAGCAGGUGGAGAAGGUGAUGCGUUUUGUGAAUCCUCUCCUAUUUAAUGGGCAAAAUAUCACUUCCAGCAUCCCUCCACACGGUAGUAACAAUCACACGGAAUGUACAAAUGAAGACAAGCAUAAAAGUUUCAACACAAGUGAGCCGUAUCGUGACAUCGCAUCUAGUCACACGGAAAGUAGUCCCAACACAGAGAAAAGGGCAGACCAUCCAAAAGAAAAAAACAGCACAGCAAGAAAGAAGAACUCAUAUAUUUUAAAUUAUCGAAUAAAUCACAUCGUAGGGAAAAGGGGGAAAAGGGAACAGUACAGAUACACCUAUUUGAAAUCCCCUUUCAAAUAUAAAUAUGCAUUAAGACAUUACGUUUUUGAAAAAUAUAAAUAUCAUUUUUAUUUUUAUAAUAUAACGCACUUUAACAUUCAUAUAAUUUUUAACAUCAUUUUAUCCUCCAUGACAAGCCAGACUUCUGUCAAGUGUAACAUCCACUGGUUCUACCCUGGGAAAAAUUUAUUCGAUUCUGAAUUUUUAAAAAAGUGUUUUCUUCCCUUAAUGCACGGGAAGCACGACGGGUGUGAGGACCAGUCCGAGAUCAAUUCGUAUGUCCGCAGACACAUUGAAGAAGCAUACAACAAUGCGGUCCAUAGUGAAGAGGGGGGUAAAUUACUGCCUCCAGGCAACCUUGACAUUAAUUUAGAUUUGACAAAAUAUAAUAUACAAAAUUUGCUGCCCUUGUUUUUUCAAAAUAAAACAUUCAGUCAGAAUUAUAAAAACUUGUUUUUACUGGAAGAAAAAUGUUUCAAACAAGUGAAAAACAAAAUUAGGAAAAAAAAUUUCCACUGGUUUUUGAAUAAAAAUCCGAACGGAUAA